AUGGACUACAAGGCUGAAAAGGUUUCCGGCGCUGGCCCAGAAUCGGACCAGGAAAAAGGCUCGAUCCAGGUCGGCAGAUUGGAUAGCAUUGCCACAAAUGCAUCCCUGGACGACGCUCUGGAACAACUCGAUAUAUCAACCCAAGACGCCGAUGAAGCCUUUGCCUUCUUGAAAGACCAUCCCAACGCGGAUGGCGUGCGACAAGAGGCCAUUGCCAUCCUGGCCGACCCUCAAGCGACCAGGCGGCUAGUGAGGAAGAUCGAUUUCACCAUUGUGCCCUGCAUGAUCGCCGUCUACUUUUUGCAAUAUCUUGACAAGACAACCAUCUCGUACGCUGCGGUGAUGGGCCUCCGCAAGGACACACAUCUCAAAGGGCAGGAUUUCUCCAACUGUGCCAUGAUGUUCUACAUUGGGUUUCUUGCCGCCGAGUUCCCAACCCAGUUCCUGGCCCAACGCAUCAGCAGAUUGGGCAAAUAUCUUGGGGCUAAUGUGAUGAUCUGGGGUGUCGUGUUGACUUGCAUGGCUGCCUGUUCGUCGUACGCCGGCCUGAUGAUUUGCAGGACGCUGCUGGGCGUGUUUGAGGCUCCCGUCGCUCCUAUUCUGGUGCUGAUCAUCGCCAUGUGGUACAAGAAGGAAGAACAAGGCCGUCGAGUCAGCUACUUCUACAUGUGCAACGGGAUGACUCAGGUGAUCGGGUCAGCAGUCGCCUAUGGCGCCAGCUUCUCUCACAGCUCAUUUGCCAACUGGCGCAUCUUCUUUCUCACCAUUGGCCUGCUGACGAUCGUGUUGGGGUUCUGCGUGUUCAUGUUGUUGCCCGACUCGCCGGUCAAGGCAGUGAGAUUCACAGAGGCCGAAAAGGUCGCCGCCCUGCUCCGCGUCAAGGAGAACCAGUCCGGCACGCAGAAUGCCAGGAUCAAAAAGAGCCAGGUGUUGGAGUCGCUAAGAGAUGUCCGGGUUUGGUUGGUGUUUUUGUCCGUCUUGUUGACGUCGAUUCCGAAUGGCGGCCUCUCCAACUUCUCAUCCAUUCUCCUCACCACAUUCGGCUACAGCAGCCAACAAGCCCUGAUCUACAACAUGCCCUCGGGCGCCGUCAACGUCAUCUUCGUCUUGCUUUCAGGCUACCUAAGCGACCGGUGGAACGACCGCUCCCUCGUCAUGCUAAUCUGCUUGGUCCCCACAAUCGUGGCCGCGGGGCUCAUGUACGGCCUCGACCCAACGGGAGUGCCGCACAACAAGGGUGUUUUGCUCUUCGCAUCUUAUCUCAGCGGCACCUUCGGAGCGGCCUUUAUGUUAUUGUUGGCGUGGAACGCGAGUAACCUCGCGGGCCAUUCGAAAAAAGUCACGUCCAAUGCAUUGACUUUGGUCGGCUUCUGCGUCGGUAAUGUGCUGGGAACCCAGACGUUUCAGCAGAGCGAGGCCCCGGGUUACAAGAGCGGCAAGAUUGCCAUUGUGGCGUGUUUGACGGCACAGGUGUUUGUCUGUUUUGCGCUGAGGUACUGUAACGAUCGGCUUAAUGUGAGGAAUCGCGCCAAUUUGGAAAAUAUGAGUGAUCAGGAGAAAGUGCUCGCCAGGGAGAAGUUGGCGUAUUCUGAUGAGACGGAUUUGAAAAAUCCGUUUUUUGUAUAUACUCAUUGA